GAGAUCCGCGGACAGCUCAAUAUUUUGCUGAAACUCUUCUCAGAUCAUGGCUGGUGGGUAAUCAUCCUACUUGAUGGUCUUGAACGGCUGAAUGAUGUUAAUAGCACGAACAUCAGUGGAUACUGCGGUCGGCCCAGCGAAUUCUUAGAGCGCCAAUUGCCUUGUUCGAAUCUACCGCGACAUAUUCGCGUGGUAGCUACUCUACAAAUAUCUGCCUCCAUUGCUGCCUGGGCUCCAUCACUUGCGUCGAUCAACCUUGGUUCCAUAUCCUCAGAUGAGCCGAUCACUUGGCUCAAGAUCCCUCCACUUCACAGCAUUGACGAAUGUUGUUGUAUGCUAGAGACAUUUUUGGCCGCUAAGCAACGCCUUUUGCAACCUACGCAAUGGUGGCUGGUACGCAGGGCCUUUCAGAACUGCAAAUUGCCACUCUACGUUAGGCUGAUAGCCAAAAAGGUAGGCUUGCGAUUACCUUCACUGUUAUAUUUUGAUCACUUUUACAACAACACAUAG